AUGAGACAAUUAACAAGACUCCUGCUAGAAGAUAGACGCGGGAUCUACUCAUCUUUGCUGUUGGCGGAGCGCUCGACUCUCAAGCGCGAUGAGAAGGUAGCAUUCCAACGUUAUUUUAUGGGUUUUAGUGAUUUCGUAGUGCCAAGGAGCCUUAGAAGGAUUGAUGUUGAACAGGGCUGCUUUGAUCUCUUCAAUGCUCACUUGUGCAAUCAAUUCCAAGUUCCUCUCUGCAGUGAUGACCUCCUCAAUGCCAACGAGAUGGUUGUCCUCUGUGAUUGUGCCAGUGGAAGGGCUGUUGCUUCCUCACCGGGGUGGUCUGCUCGUGAUGGCGGCGACACAGCAUCUCGCGUUGGUCGCUUGCAAGGUGCCUCACGCGGCGGCGGGAGGGGUGGCUGGAACGCCGGCAGAAAGGUUGCGAUUGGCUCGCCGGAGAUGAUGGCAGAUCGUGAUUCUCUCCCUCUCUUUGCUGCGGGUGAUAUGAGAGUGACGAGAGGAUCAGACUUUAUUCUUCUUCUGGCGAAAUGUGAGCGAGAAUUUGGGAGAUCCUUCAGGCGCGAUCGAGAGGGGAAGGAGAUGAUGUGA